AUGUACAACAACCCAGAAGGCAGCAAGAAGUCCACCAAGCAGAACCUGGAAGAGAGACAGGUGGAAAUGGCGGCAGAGUUCACUCACUUGCAGGAGGCCAUUCACCUGGAGGAAGAGGAGGAGGGCAAACAGAGGGAGGAGGAGAACAAGAACAAGAACAAGAACAAGAACAAGGUGGAGGAGAAGCAGAGGAGGGUGGCAGCGGAGUGGAAACAUGAGGAGGAGCAGAAGCAGAAGAACAUUGCAGUGUGGGAUGCUGAUCGGCACCGAUAUGGUACUUCCUUGCUCCACCGAUCCAGUGCAAUAUACAUCUGA